UCUCCAUUUCCAGUCUCCACAAUUUUUCAAACUCGUUAGCGAUAUCCUAGACGUAAUUGUCUUUACGAAGAAAUACAUUUUACUUUAGAAAAUAUUUUUACCCAAAUAAAUAUUUAUUCUAGUGGUCGUUUAGAUUUUGUACAAUAUUUUAAGAAACUUUUCGCCGGCAAACAGCGCCGCCCCCGCUCGAUCGAACGGUAUGGCCUUUUGCGAUGAGUAAUACCGUUUGUCGUGGUGAGUGACGUCGUGCAGCGGCAGCCGGCGAGCGGCGCAGACCUCAGUGCACCUCGGCUCGACACGGCCACGACGGCCCUCCGCACUCUUCCGAGCUCCACCCCUGGUUCGCGCUACCGCAUUCGCUAACUCUAUCGAUCACUUUCCUCUAGUCUUUAUUUAAAUUAUUAAAACUUAAGCAUGGACAAAGCGGACAAACUGAUAGCCGGGCUCGCGAGCGGAGACGGCGCUCCGGCGGAGGAGCGCCCCGAGGCGGCGCUGAAGCGCGAGCACGACUCCACGGACGACUUCGAGCACCUGAAGCGCGACGAGAGCGAGGCGGCGCCGCCCGCGGCCGCGCGCCACGCCACGCAGAGCUUCCUCGACAUGGAGCGCGACGAGUUCGUGGACUCGCCGCGCGCGCCCUCCGCCGAGCGCGACCAGCUCGCCGACAAGUUCACCGACAGCGAGUCCGACGCCGACACGGCAGGCGAGUCGCCGCUGCACCGCCCCGAGCCGCCGCGCCCGCCCGCGCCCGAGCCCGUCCCGCCGGUCGCCCUCGACCCCACGCCGGUGCUCGCCCCGACGCCCGCUCCGGUAGCGUCCGCGCCCGCGUUCACCCCGGCGGCGUCCGCGCCCGCACCCGAGGCCGAGCCGCCGCGGAAGGAAGAACCCGUGGCGCCCCCGAAGCCGACGGAGCCCAAGCCAGAGCCCCCGAAGCCAGAGCCCCCGAAGCCGGAGCCCCCGAAGCCGGCGCCGGUGCAAGCUCAGCCCGAGCCCCCCAGUCGGAAGCCGCCGGCGGAGCCCGCGCCCGAGCCGCCGCGCGCCCCCAUCGCACACGUGAUCGAGGCCGAGGUCAUCUUCUGCCAGAUGGGACUGGAUGCUUGGUUCGACCCGCAGAGGCUACACCCCGAAGUGGAAUCCCUGAUCUACUGGCGGUCGGCGGCGCGGUCGGGCGCGGCGCUGGGCGCGGGGCUGGCGCUGCUGGUGGCGCUGGCGUGCUGCUCCGUGGUGUCGGUGCUGGCCUACAGCUCGCUGCUGGCGCUGUCCGCCGCCGUCGCCUUCCGCAUCUACAAGAACGUGCUGCAGGCCGUACAGAAGACCAACGAGGGGCAUCCUUUCAAAUGGCUGCUGGAGAAAGACCUGAGCGUGUCGGCGGAGCGCGCGCAGUCGCUCGCGGCCGCCGCCACCGCACACCUCAACGCUGCACUCAAUGAGCUACGCAGGCUGUUCCUCGUGGAGGACCUGGUAGACUCGCUCAAGUUCGGCGUGCUGCUGUGGUGCCUCACCUACGUGGGCGCCUGCUUCAACGGCAUCACGCUCAUCAUCCUCGCGUGGAUAGCGCUGUUCUCGCUGCCCAAGGCGUACGAGAUGAACAAGGCGCAGGUGGACGCCAACCUCGAGCUGGCGCGCUCCAAGAUUAACGAGAUCUCAGCUAAGGUGCGGGCGGCGGUGCCGCUGGGCAGGAAGGCGGAAGACAAGGACAAGUAGAGGGGGAGAGGAAGAGCGAGGGAGAGGCACGCGCCGCACACUGGCAGCGCCGGAGUUUCACUGUUUGUUAUAUUAUAUUUAUUGUAUCGUACAGCCGAUGUACACCUUACUUACUUGUAAAGCUUUAUGAGACGAGUCAUGCGGAGAUUAUUAUUGUAUUUGCUUUUUUGAAAUUUUAAAUUAAAAUAACUGUCGACCGA